AUGUCUACCGAAGAAGAAUUUGGAGCACCACAGCAUAAACUGUUUGAUAUGUUUGAGACCCAUCAGAAACAGUCUAGAGUGAAAAAAGGGCAGAGAAUCAAGAAACGUCGUGAACUUGCCGAGCGCGGGAACGGAGAUGAAGAGCAAGAACAAGGAGGAGCAAUCAUCCCAACACGUCUGAGGUACACUCCGUUAAAGCGAAAUAGAAUAACCGAUGACGUUCAAGGGAUCCUGAGUCCUGCGCGACGCGUGAGAUCUAAUGGAUUAAUUACCACACAAGCAAAAUCAAAAUCACAAACCAAGUAUAAUAGUUUUGUCAAUGAGGUAGAGAGACAGGAUAAUAAAGAUGAGUACGAUGAUGAUACUAAUGGAAGUUAUUAUCGAAAGAUCAGUCCGAAAAGGAGGACGAAAAACUCCGGUGCGAAGAAGAUCCAGAUUAAUAAAAAUGAUGAUGAUGGGAGAACAAACAACAACAAUAAUAAUAAUGAUGAUGAUGAUAGUUUUCGAACGUUUGGUGGUGGUGCAUCGGGCCAGACAAACUCGUCAUUUGGCACGGUACUGGUUCCAUUGAAAUCCACUCCUGGAACGUCAGCGUCAAAAUUCAGAAGAAUUCCUACGCCUGCAAGAACUAUGAUCCAGAGGAGUGGGAAAACCACCGGUAUAAAUUCUCGAAAUAUCUCGACGCCCAUAAAGUUGGUGAAUUAUGACAGUUCCUUUGAUAAUCUGGGGGUUGUUGGCAAAAGGGAAAUGCUAUUAAGUAGUAUUAAAUCGACUCUCAAUACUAGUAUUGAUAAGAUUGGUGGCCUAGGGUCACGUCAAGCAACCGCGAUUGCUAGUGAGGUUACCACUCCUAGGAUUUCUUCGCGAGAGUUUGAUAGGCCAUUGAUGCAUAACCUAUAUCCAAAAAAUGCCGAUGACGAUGAUUAUAAUGAAGAUAAUAAGUUUGAAAGACAACGAAUAUUAGAAAAAGAUAGGAAUAAGAAUAAUGGAAAUCAGAGGCAAGAGGGCUUGAAUACUUCCAGUCAGCGCUUAGCAUUGAAGACCGAUUUUUAUAUAUCGACUGUUGACAGUUUGAAUAAGAGAAUUACAAAAUCCAAGACAAAACAGGACCAAGAAAUCACGAACCAUAAGAAACGACAAUACGAGGAAUCCUCAGCUAGUGAGGGAGACUAUGAUAGCGAAGCCACUGCUAAAGUAUUGAAGAAAUUGGAUAGUUUACCGACGAAAAAAUUGUUCAUGAAUGAGGAAGAAGAAUCAGAUAGUGAGAGUAUAUUUGAAGAGAUGGAUAAAACUAAAAAGAAGAUGGAAAUGGCAAUAAACACUACUUUGGAUGGUGCUGCGAAAAUUGCGGAGAUUAACCAAAGCACCCCAAAAAUCAAUACUGAAUCAAGUACGUCAAUAGUUGUGGCGAAACCAAAUGGUGAUUGGACAGUCGAGCAAUGGAAAAAAUUCGCAAAGUUGGUGAAAGAGGCGCGAUUGAGGAAUGACUCUUCAUUGGUAUACAAUGUUAAAGUUUUAGAAAAAUUCCACAUUGCAUCGAAGAUUGAACUAAAUUUGAGAAUUGAGCUUGUUAAACAUUUGAUAUUGGGUUUGAGAAUGAAAAAAUCUGGCGUCAAGAGAAGAAAGUUGGCAUGA